AUGGUGAUCUUAGAAAGAACCCUGGAUUUCAACAAACUGGAGAAGCUGCCAUUUGAUCUAUUCAAGGACCAUAAAUUUAAUGAUCUCUGGCUGGGAAACAACUACAUCAAGACGUUACCUGAAAGACUGUUUGCCGGGCAAACAAAGUUAAGACGCUUGCAUUUGGGCGGCAACCAACUAAAGAAGCUACCACGCGACAUAUUUCAUGGAUUGACUAACUUGGAGGAACUAGACUUGUCAUACAACCAGUUGCACAACUUGUCUCGAGGCAUUCUGAGCACAAAUACUAAGCUGAAAAAAUUGGAUUUGUCGAACAACGCGAUUAAGCGUCUGCCAUCGAAAGUUUUCGGAAACCUCACUGAGUUGAAAAGGCUCGUUCUGUCCAGUAACGGACUUCAGCGUUUGCCAAGGUUCAACAAUCUCUCCAAGAUAGAAAUAUUGGACUUUCAUCUAAACAAAAUCUCUGCAGUAACUAAGGAACAAUUCAAAGAUGUCGCAUCAAACAUUCGAUUCUUGUACCUUCAUUACAACGAGAUGCGGGAAUUACCAAAAGGUUUUUUCUCCAACAUGAAGGAAUUAAUAACAACGACUGUAGACACAAGCCUGAUGUGUUGCCAUUUGACGAAAGUGGACGCGGAUUGCGACUUUGCCUACGUCGACCGCUUUGCCAGUUGCGAGACUAUGUUCAGAAAUCGAGCUCCUAGGAAGUGUGUUUGGGUUAUUAGUGUCACGUCUCUGGUUGGAGCUGUGUUUGUCAUCACGUGGCGAAUGGUCUACAGGGAGGAAAAUAUUGCACAGUCAAUCAUGUUGAUACACUUGGCGGUAUCUGAUGGCUUAAUGGGUGUUUACCUAAUCAUUAUAGGUUGGAAGGAUGCGAUGUGGGCAGGGAAAUACUACUUACAUGACUUCAACUGGCGAACGAGUUUGUCAUGCCAGAUAUCUGGUGCAAUCGCUGUGUUGUCAAGCGAGGUGUCAAUGAUGCUUCUUUCUCUAAUCUCUGCUGACAGGCUUAAAAAUAUUGUGUUCCCUUUCAGUGUUAAUGGACUAACCAACAAAGCCACUCAUACAUUGUGCUUUGCUAUCUGGAUAAUCGGUUUCAUAAUUGCUUUCCUUCCUACUUUUAGCAUUCAGUAUUUUAAAGGUCGUCACUUCUAUGGCAGAUCUGUUGUUUGUCUCCCACUUCAACUCUCCAAUGAUAAGGCACCUGCUUGGGAAUAUUCUGUGGCUGUCUUUGUUGGGUUGAACUUGGCAUUUCUUGCCUUUGUCAUUGUGGCCUAUCUUACAAUAGUUAUAAACAGAUGUCAGGUUCAGUCGAUGUCAGCUAAAACCCAGCGAGAGACAGCUCUUGCCAAGCGUGUGUUUUUCAUCAUCCUGACCGACUGUAUCUGUUGGAUGCCCAUCAUUGUGAUUGCACUCAGGUCCAUCGUGGAAAAGUCGUUCAGGACACGAGGAGAUCUCGCAGUGUGGAUUGCAGUGUUUUUUCUUCCCUUCAACUCUGCCAUAAAUCCGAUCCUAUACACCUUGUCCACCACACAGGUUCGAGACGUUCUCAAGGCAAAAUGGCAACAGCUGUGCAACUACUUUAUAACAAAGUGUGGUCGAACCCAAGCUGGAAAAGAAUCAGCCAAAGAAGCCGAAGAGGAACCUGAAAAAGAGCAAGAGGAGGUUCACAAACAUGAGCACCCAGGGGAAGAACAUACUGAACUCCAAUUCCAACAGCAGCUGAUCACAAAAUACGCGGAGACUGCUAAGCCAGAAAAGCCCGAAACUGAGCCUAAUAAUUUUUCUGAAACAAUAGAAGCACUGCCAACGGAAACAAAGACUGAAGGUCAUAAAAAGUCACAGAAAAAUAUUGCAGCAAAUUCCGAAUAUGAGGAGCCACACACAGAUUUUGUAGGGGAUGAGGACAAAUCUACUGGAAAAGAGCAAAACAAAACAGAUGUUGACAAUGACCACUCAGCAGCUAAAGGAACAACAGCAGAUCCUCAGAUCAACUCUGAUGAGGUAGUGGAAGAGACAGUGUGGGAAACAGCUGUAUAAUCAGGAAAUGCAUACGGAAAAAAUACCCUGUGUACUUGCUGUUUGUCAGGUUUUAAUUAUUAACUCAUCAGGCUUCCCCAAAGAUGAUCGUCCUUUUAGACAUCACAUUUUGGCAAUUUGUCAUCUGUGCU